AUCUGUCGAAGCUUGGAUCCCAAUCCAAAAUGUAACAAGACUUUUGGUUAGGCCCAUCCAGAUCUCAUGUCAAAUCGUUUUAUAUGGAUAUUUGUCUUGUUGCAUUAUUGGGUCUCUCAUUGCCUGACACUGGCGGCACAGAACGCAUGUCUGGGAGGAGACACUAUUGACGUACCGUGGUCGCUUUUAAUGUCUAGAAAUCUUUGGCUUGCAGGUGUAAACAAACAGUGCCUCAACUCUCAAGACACCGUGCUGGAUCUGGACUGCACAAGCAAGAACACCGUUAGGUUAGGAUACAACUCACUCCAAUUCACAACACUAGCGCAUUCCAAAUAAAGGCUGCACGGAUCGAUCAGGAUUCAGCCAGCUUUUUCAUGCACUCACCAGUCGCUACUCAUGGGCUGAGCUGAUUAGUACACAGUGGUUUGCGCCAAUUAUUACUGCUGGUAAUCGAACCAGAACCGACGUUGACCGUGUAGCAACCACUAGCCGGAUACUAUAAUUUUCAGUUCACCAGAUCCCAUUGCUUGGAAUUAUUAUUAACGCCGCGACCACUACUUAACUGGAUCCCACCACCACCCCCAUGAAAGUGUUCGACAACAAGUACCAAUGCUCCUCCAUUUCACCGUGCUCGGCUGCUCAUAGAGUCAUAGUCAUAGCUCCCCACUAGCUGAGCCACCGAGCUCGUCACGCGCGCACGCUUGUUCCAGGCCGCCGCCGCCGUCCGCCGAGGGCCAGGGCAUGAAAGCGACGACUUGGCGCGGCGCGCCGGGGACUCUACCCGCCACCGCCAAGAAGAAGAGGAAGAAGAAGGCGCCCGCGCCGCGCGGCUUCAUGUGCGGCUGCGGCAGCACCAGAUCGGUCUCCGUCGACAUCUCCGCUGUCACGACGACGCCGAUGAAGAGAGGCGCUUCAACGGCGGUGGCUCCCGCGGGGGAGCCAGCGUCUGCGGCGAAGACAACGGCGGGCCGCGGCCGCGACGCCGACGCCGACGCGAGCGCCGAGGGCACGCCCAGCGUAGACUCGCUGCUGCGGCAGCUGCGGGAGCUGGAGCGUGGCGUCCGCGCGCUGGGCGUCCGGGAGCGGGAGGCGGACGGCGGCGUCGGUGGCAGCGGCAGCAGCACGGCAGGGACGACGAAGGCAAGGCCGUCGCCGCGGCCGGGUCACGUGCGGAGCGCGAGCGUCGUGGGGCGGCGGCUGGACUCCGAGAGCGUGGCGGUGGUGACGGAGUCGGAGGACCCGCUGGGCGACUUCCGGCGGUCGAUGGCGCAGAUGAUCGUGGAGAACGGCAUCACCGGCGGCGCCGAGCUGCGGGAGCUCCUGCGGCGGUUCCUCGCGCUCAACGCCGCGUGCCACCACCACCUCAUCCUCCGCGCCUUCGCCGACGUCUGGGACGAGCUCUUCUCCGGCGGCGGCGGCGGCGGUAGCCACGUGGCGGCACAAUCGCACGGCAGCGGCGGCGGUCGAGCUAGCAAACGUCCACGCGGUCGCGCUGACACGUUGAGUUAGCCACGACCCACAGUCGUCUCGCUAGCUCGUCCCUCUGCGAUGCAAUGCAACCACUCUCCUCGGGAAUUGUUGCUGUCGUCCGUGUCCGAAAUACGGCGCGGUGGUGUACAGUGUACUAGUAGAUGACAUGCCCUGCACGCGUGGCUUUCUGUGCCGUCACCAGAAAACCUGUGACUUUCAUUGCGAUUUUUUCGUACAGAUCAUACGUAGCUUUCGCCGUGAUUUUUGCAUGGUUCGUGCUGUACUGCAACACCGCUGAUUGACUACGCGUGUCGCGUGGUAACGUCGGAGGAGAAGAGAAACAGGAAUGGCGGCGGGAGAAGAACAUGGUGAGGCGGCGAUGGAGCCGCCGUUCAUCUGGCCUGUUGAGGUCAGGUGGCAGGCAGAGAGCCGGGCGCGAGGGGAAUGCCGUGAUCUUCGCGACGCUGCUCGUCGGUAGGACGCAAAAGCGCGACAGCAACGAGGCGACUCUACCGACCUGAACCUACUUGCCUUUCGCCGAUGGUGACGAUCGACUGACUGACGAGCAGGGGCAGCCGGGCAGUGAUGGAUACAGCGUCGGCGGAAGGAGCAGCCGGCGCAAAAGAGACGUGGGCACGAAGCAGCAGGCCAGGCCUCACUCGCUCGAUCGGACGGUGCGACGUCCAUCGCGGCAUAUUUGCCGGCGAUCUCAAGGAACAUUUCGCUGUCCGUCUGACGUCGCGGCUCUUAAAGCCGCCGUGCGUCUAAACGACGCGUCCAAUGUGCGAGUUCUGAAAGACGCAUUUGAUGCAUGAUAUGUACUCGUGUUACAUUAUUCCAGAGGUCGGAGAAAUUUUUUUGUUUUUGACUACCGUAACAUCUUUGUUUAUAUUUG